AUGAAGAAUGCGUCGUCUACAGCUGCAAAAUCUGCAGCACCCGAAACGACAGUGUCGAGUUCGGGAUCAUCGGAGCCAGCGCCCGCUGAGGCGUCCGAGCCAUCCAAUGAGACCAGCACAAAUGAGACCAGCACAGAGAAGGCCACUACAAAUGAGGCCACGACAAAUGAAUCGACUACAAAUGAAACAACCACAAAUGAAAACACCACAGAUGAGAAAGUAGGGGAUGUUGGUGAAAAGCCAACCAAACCGAAAGUUGAAAAAGAAGAAGAAGAAGAUCACCGUGAUCCAUAUGUUCUAGAAAAUGUUAUACGCGAAGAUCCAGCUACCGGACUCAAAGACGUCACGAUGGAAGAUCUUCCAUUUGGAGGAAUCAUUGGAGUUACAAUGGUUAUGGGUGUCGCCCCAGUGAAAAAGAAAAGAACUUACUUUGUCGUUUUGUCAAAGCGUGCGCUUGAGGUUUAUGAUAGCGAAAAAUCUUUUCGGAAGGGCUCAUGUGCAAAACACAUCGUCGAUCUUGCCACUGCUUUCAACGUUCACAUGAAUCACUACGAUAGCAAACUGAAAAGAUGUCUCUGUGUUAUGGGUCCAGAUGAUACCGUGGUCAUGCGUCCUGAAAAUGAUUUAAUGCUUAAAAAUUGGUAUGACGCAAUAUUAAACUGUCUUUUGUUAUCCCGGCAAUUGAGAAUCGGACGACCUUGUGCUGCCUAUGAAAUUUUUGAAGCAUGUUAUGAUGUCGAGGUCGUUGCUCAUAUGAAAAAUGCAAAGGCAUAUAAGAAAACUCGAAUGGAAGAUGGUUAUGUUAAUAUUUGCGAAUCAAUGAAUCUUUGUGGAAUCAGAAGGUUGUGUUUCUAUUCGCAUACAGUCGUUCUAGCAGACCGAGAAAUUGAACCAGUGAAAACGGGAUGCCCAGAUUCUGGAUUUCCACCAUUUCGUGCGGAAGCGUUUGUUGAAUUUCCGCGUCCACUCAUCGCUUACUUUGGAGUACAAGAGAAAUACUUUUACUUGCGUCUGGGUAAAGGGAUCGCAAUUGGCGGAACUGAAUUGCUAGUUUUGUGUGACUCUUUUGAGACAGCUCAAGCAAUUCACGCCACAAUGAGAACGAUAAUCGAAAGAGAGGCUGGCAAACGGAUUAUCCUUGAAAGACCACCCGAAGCAGUAAAAGCUAUAGAGGCUGGAAAGGAAAGAGAAGGUCCUAGAGAAGACUGUUGCGAUAAAGGUCAUCAAGAUGGACCACAUAGUGAGACUCCGCAACCCAAUAUGGAGUCGCUCUCAGUUCCGUCACCACAUGCUCACCAUCGUAAUAAGCUUUCCCUUGAUUCGACACCUUUACUAACUGCAAAAGAGCGUCGCAAGUUAUUGCGCGAUUGCCUUUCAUUUGCAAACUCUUUGGAGUUUGACGAAUCCGCGCCGUCAUCGCCAUUCGGCACACAACCCCGAGGUUCAUUGGGCAGUUUUCAUGUAGAUCAUCUCUCGAGAUUAGAUCAACCGCGUGGAUCAGUUCAUUCAGUUGGUGCGGUUCCCGUUGGCGGCGUUUUACCUGAUAGGUCUCGCCGCGCAUCGCAUCAAUUCCGACUAACCGAUCAUCCACUAAUGAAGGAUCCAUUGAGAUAUAAGAAAAAUUCGACAGCGUCUGUUAAUGAGGCGGGAUCAUCAAGCCGCAAGCACGUUGUUCCCAUGUUUGAACCACCAAAAGCAGAAAAGGAAAAGAAAAAGAAGCCAGAAAAAGGAUCAAAAAAAAAGAAGAAGAAGGAAGAGGAAGAAGAAGCUCCACCACCGGUGUCUAGACGGAGACGUUCAAACUCACCACCAUUCGAAACGUAUUUGGCAACUACUUUAGGAAUGAAUUUUUCCGACGACUAUUUGCGAGAGGGAGCACUGAGAAAGAUGUCGAGUAUUCGCAAUGACGAUACAUACUCGCCAAUGGAGCCGAGCGAUUGGAAUUUGACUCCAAAUCCACUUCUUUUACAAUAUUCAAGCGAUCGACGUAGUGGUAAUCGGGCGGCAGUUGCCGAGAAAUAUAGAAUGCAUUUCCCGACACAGCGGGAUCGCGAAGCCCUUCAGUUGAGAUUUCAACCAUCACCAAGAAAUUUGGCUCUUGCAGCGGCCAACGCAGCACCACGAGCGAACUCGUUUGGCGGAAAGACGGAAACUGUAGAGAAACCAAAAAAAUCAUUGUUUUCAAGUGUUCUAUGGCGCGAUAAGAAAGAGAAGAAAGAGGAAAAGAAGCAAGCGCAAGAUGAACAGAAAAAAGAAUCAAGUUCUGAAAAUCUUCCUUCUAGUUCUACUGGAAACACCUCUAGCCUUACUGUUGAGGAUCCUAGGAAACGAGCAUUUUCUUUGGGAAGCAAAAGCUUUUUCAAUUUCAACUUCAAUCAAAUAGGGUUGAAUGAUUUCCGCCGUCUUGUCAAAAAACCUCUUCCAUUUGUUGGACGUUCCUCGUCACCAAAUAACAAUUCCGCCUCUGGUGUUUCAAACUCAUCCUCCGCAUCGCCGUCGUCAUCCGGGAACAUUCAUCUGACGUCAAAUGACAACUCGCGAAAUAGAACCGGUAGCUUCGAAUCAGGUCGUGGGAGUCCAUCGAAAAAAUGCAACAAAAAUGAUGAUGAUCACCACGUUGAGAUUGACUUUGGCAACCCGUCAGAUGGCAAAUCAGCGUGCCCAUCUCUUACAAAAACGGAAAUCUCGAAACCCCUGAAACAACAAAGCCAACCACCAGCGACUGAAUCUUCUGGAAGACACCGUUCUGAUUAUCCAAGACCAAAAAAGCCGCAAACAAAGGAAGAAGAACUUUAUUAUGGAAAUCGCCCGAGUGAUAAACUUCUUCGCGAUCUUAAAAUUGCAAAGAGAGGAAUUGACUAUGGCCCGUGUGAACUCAUGACUGGUCAACCUGCCAAAAAGUAUCCUGAGAACAAAUCUGGAACGGAAAGUAGGUGGAGACAAGCUACUCGUCAUUUCACUUCAAGUUUCCGACGUGAUGAUGACAAAUACUACAAUAGAAAGAAAAUCUCGGUUUGUGGAUCGAUUGUUGAAGAGAAAGAAGAUGGCGAUUCAAGCGCAGAACUUGACGACGAUUCCAAGACUAUUGUAGCAGACUUUGCUACUGAUAACUUGGAAGAUUCAUACGGAUUCUACUGGGCUGGAGCAUAUCGCGAAAACAACACCGCCCAAUGGCACUGGAUUGAUGGCAGUCCACUUAAUUACACUAAUUGGGUUCCGGGAGAUAACCAAAUUGAUAAAUAUUGCCUGAAAAUCCGUUUUUCUGAUGGAAGAUGGCUAUCCGAGUAUUGCGAUAACACCGAACAAUUUGUCUGCGCGAAAAAUGCUGGAGGACCAUCGCCACCAUAUGGAACUUGCCCACCAUGCAUGAAGGAACUUUAA